AUGUAUGCACCAUCACCCCGCAUGCCGCUGAGCAGAGGGCCCUCUCCUGUUCCAGGCGCCCAACCUUACUAUAACCCAAACAUUGGCAGACCUAUCAGUAGGGGUCCAUCACCUGUGCCAUCAAGUGUGGCGCCUCAGGGAUACUAUGGAACUCCCGCUUCUCCUUACGGCGCACCGAUUACCAGGCCGAUUAGCAGAGGUCCAUCUCCCAACCCAUACAGCACUUCUCCAGUUGCUGGUGGCUUCCAGGUCGAGAAGCGUGCCAAGUCUCCUAACCCUUACGGACGACCUGCGCCUGCUGAGCCGGUCGCUGUCGCGUACCGCGACGAGCUGGUGUACCGAGACCAAGUCUCGGCCUUGAUAGCAGCAAAAGAUCGUCAAAUCGCGGCAACGGGGCGCAUUCCUGUUGACGCCUCACAACUUUCGCUUUUCUUCCGGGCUAAGGACGGUAUCACGUACUCGCUCGACUUCCCGGUCGAUACAGGUUACACUACGCCUCCGGCUCUUGACGUUUUAAUUUCCAUCUGCAAGCCUAAGCCCCGUCAGAUGUCAGACUAUGAUGGGUACAGAGAUCGAGAGGGUCUCGCGUACCCGCUUGGCCUCCCACACACUACCUCCCUGGAAAUCUCGAACUAUCCCGUGUUGGAUGCCAUCCGCAGUUCUCUCUUUCCUGUGCUCCCACCUGGACAAUACCUCACAGCUGUGAGGGACAGUCUGGACGUAGCCAUCACUGGCAGCCAUAUUGCGAAGAGCUAUCCGGCGCAUCAACGUCAGGAUAACAGGGCGGCGACACUCAUUGUGACCCUUCCUGUUCGAUACCGUGGUGGUGCCAUCGUAAUUAGCGAUCAUGAUGGACGAGAGGAGAGGUUCUUGGGGAACGGUGGCAAGCCUACUGAUAUCGAAUGGGUGGCUUUCCGCUCUGACUCAGCGUAUGCCAUUGAGCCUGUGCAGAACGGAUGCAUGAUCACCAUUUCUUAUGCGGUGUUUAUCAAGUCUUUCGGUCCUACAACUCCAACUGUGGAUACCUUGAUGACUCCUAGUGACAACUUCUUCGAUUUGCUUUCACCAAUAUUAAAUGGGUCACGGGGAAGAAGUAUUGCCUUUCUCUUGAAUCAUGACUAUGUAGUCGAGCCUGCGGAAGCUGUAGCUAACUCCAUUGUUCCUCAGCUGAAGGGCGGAGACGCUCUUCUUUACGACGCCUUCAAAUUCCACAAGGUCUCUCCGGAGCUGCACUGGACGGCGGGUGGUUUCAUUUGGCCAGUAGACCACACCCUCGAAUCCUUUGGAGACGAGCCUGAAGCGAACACGAAUCCCAUCAAGAAUAUGCCAGCUGCAUAUGGUCGGACGCCAUUUGGUGCUGUCAAUGCACCACGGGGGACUGUUCCGCCAGUUCGGGGAGCAUUUGGCCCUUACCCUGACCCAAAUGUUAGCGAUGAUGAUAUCGAUGGACUGCGUGCCAAAGUUCAAGCCAGCGGUGGUGUCACCCUUGCAGAGGCAAAUAUCACACUUCUUACUGAUGCUAAGAACCCUGCCCCCAGCGUGGGUCGCGAACGUGUGUACUUCAUCUCUAAUGGUGAAUUGGAAAAGCUCGUCGUCAAUGUCCUGCUUGUCGUCUACAUUCCCUGA